GAGCGAGCGGUUUGCUUGCCAAGUCGCCGCACAGAUUCUUUCCUGCGUCUCUGUUGAGGUCACAGAGCGCUAGAUUGACGCCAGAUGUGAAGAGAUGAGUGACCAGCUGAGCAGCGAGGGGACUGCUUGCCGCAUUGGUGAUGAGACAGCUUCGGCCCUGCAGAGCGGUACUGCCACUCAUCUCAAGCUUUUCGUUGCAAUCUCGCGUCUAGGAUGUCUCUAUGGAUCUACCCGAUCUGGACCUACUCCUCUGUCUAUCCACUAGCCACAUCUGACCGCGUUCCCACUUGGUCGAUCGUUCUGCCCUCACAUCCAUUCAAGCGCGUCGCCUCGUCAGCCUGCAGCGAGCUCCCUGGUCGUCGUUGUCGAGUGCCAGUGAUGAGACAUGUUUGACGAGCACUCCUUCUCCUCUCUGGUCUCCCAGCAGUAUGUCUUCUACAACUCGCUCAAGAUGCUCGGUCUGCUUGUGCUCGUCGCAUCGCUAGCGAGCCAUGUCUGUGGCGACGUGCUCAAGAUGCCCAUCGUUCAGCGCUCGCCAGAGUCACAAUUGACCAACAUCACGCCGUUCACUGUGACGUUCAGGAUGGCAACGGACAUGUACGGUAUUUUCAGCAAAGACUGUACUUUUCAACUCAACUGGGACAGAGUCCUCAAGCGAUACAUCUCCGUAGCGGGCGGCAUCCCAGACUGCACACCGGGAGAUCAUAUCUCAAUUCCAGCACUGUCACUGUUCGAGCAGGGCCAAUACAUGUGGUUCAUCGAGAUGAGCCAGCCCGGCGUGCACUAUGCAUUCAGCGGAACGCAAGUCAUGCCGCGGUCAUGCCUGGGCGAUCUGACUCCAUGCUGCUUGGCACAUGACAGGAACGACGCGCAGGGCCACAUCCUGACUUGGCAGAUGGACGCAGGCUCGACGAUCGGCAACAUGCAGCUCGGCGACAAGCAGUUCGCCGAGCUGGACUUCAAUGGCAAGAAUCGCCUGAAGCGCACGAGGAACUCUGACGAGGCGUGA